AUGUUUUUAUUGUUCGCAUUUCUGUGGCUAACUAGCACAGUAUUGUGCUUGAUUGAUAAUAAAUCCUACAGACCAUCAGCGGCCGAAUUAAGUAAUCCAUCAAUUUAUCCAAAACGUUCAUUUUAUGGCAUUAAAUCAGUCCAACCCGAUAAUUGGAAAAUCGAUGAUUUAACUGGUAAUGGUGUUGGUGGAGUAGCGCUGAAUUUUCCAUGGUCUGAUUUUCAGCCCACUGGAAAACGUAAACCAUGUUCAAGUGAUGAAAUUGAAUAUGAUGAAUAUUGUUUCAAGCCUGCUCACGAAGCCUUAACAAAAUUGUAUACAGAUCGUCAGCUAAUGAUUACAGCUGUGCUGAUUAUUCCUCCUCUAUGGGCUCGUAAACAGAACACUGAUUGUAAACAGGCAAAUCAAAAUUUUUGUGCACCAGACAACGCGGAUGAUUUCGGCAGAUUUGCUGGCUUUCUAGCAUCGAGAUACAAUGGGAAAAACAAUGUUGGGCGAAUAUGUGAAUUUGUAAUAAUGAAUGAAGUUAAUGCAGCCGAAUGGUACAAUACUGGAUGUGGUAAUGGUAAAGCCUGCAACAUUGACAAUUGGGUUAAAAAUUAUGGAAACGUUUAUAUAGCUGCUUAUGAUCAAAUUAAAAAACAUCAGCCACAAGCACCAGUACUCAUUUCGCUUGAGCAUCAUUUUGACAGUGUUUUCGAUCAACAUAUAAAUGCACGAAGUCCCAUUAUGUCCGGACGUACUUUCUUAACAAAAUUAGCUCCACAACUUGGUGCAAGAAACUGGUCGGUAGCUUUUCAUUCUUAUCCACCAAGUUUACUAC